AGGGCGCCGCCGAAACCUCGGCUGUUGUUUAGAUGAUGUACUGUACAGGCCAGAGGUACCUGCGAGGUGCCUUCCAACUCGACCGUGUCAAGUAGAGCGCGCUUCCCACGCACAGAAGGUGAUGAAGAGACAAAUCACGGCUAUGGCCAGAUUCAAGAUUCUGUCGGUUUCCUCCAGCUGAGGAUUGCUCAACUCAAAACACUUUCCACCCUACGAACGAUGUCGGAUCUCGUCCGCCCAGAAGGCGGGCCCCGGUCCAACGAUGACCCUACCGACCAGAGCAUCCUCACGCGGAUGGCCCGUUUCCGCAAGAACCCUUUCAACUUUGCUCGCGAGAUCUCGCUAUUUGUGCGAGGCGUCGGAUGGCGGUCUUACGACAGUGUCGUUGGACAGCCAGUCUUCUAUCCUGGCUACACCGCCAACGUCAAGUCUGGCGUCAUGGCAUCUUCGAUCUUGAGACGGAAAGUGACUGAGUUGGUAGAGGCACGGCUGAAGGUUGAAGAGGAGGAAAGCUUCUUUGACACCUCCAGUCCGACAUAUUUGCAAGAGAGGGAAAAGCGCAGGCAUGAGAUUGCAUCACAGUUGAUCGAGAUCACAAGUGAUAUGGUUGACAAUAUGAUGUGCAAAAUGGAGAGCAAGCCAUACAUUCGAAGCGCCUUUUACGUCGUCACUCAACUGCUCACUAGAGCCUACAGUGCCAUCCACGUCUCAGAAGCAGAAGUAACGCGGCUACGUGAGAUUGCCAGUCAAGCCGCAAAGAAGAAUCAGUCUAUUGUAUUCCUACCACGACAUACAAGUCACAUUGACUACAUCACGCUACACUUGGUCUGCUACAGACUUGGCCUCACCUUACCAGUUGUCGUGGCUGGUGACAACCUGAAUUUUCCACUCGUGGGCAAUUUCCUGCAAAGUGUAGGAGCCAUGUGGAUUCGAAGGAGCUUCGACAAUGAUCAGCUCUACGCCACCGUUGUCCAAGCUUACCUGGAUACCCUCCUGCAAAAGGGAUACAACCUAGAAUGCUUCAUUGAAGGCACGAGGAGCCGGACGGGCAAGCUAUUAGGGCCUCGCUUUGGAGUCUUGAGCUUCUUGCUGGACUCGGUCUUGUCCGGCAGGACCGAGGAUACCUACAUUUGUCCGGUAUCACUCCAAUAUGACAAAGUCAUCGAAGUGGACUCAUACGUUAACGAAUUGCUGGGAAAGCCCAAGCAAAAGGAGAACUUGGUAGAUUUCCUUUCAGCCUCAUCAGUCCUCAAUUUGAACCUGGGAAGGAUUGACUGCAGGUUUCAUGAGCCAUGGAGCCUCAAAGAAUUCAUAAGAGAUCAAAGUCAGCGGCAGGAUCAAUUGGAUUAUCAAGACCUCCAGGCGACUGCAGUCGACUCUGCCACAAGGAUACGAUUGCUGAGAACGCUUGGCUACAAGGUUCUUUCUGACAUCAAUGAUGCCUCUGUCAUUAUGCCCACGGCCCUGGUAGGCACCGUCCUGCUCACCCUCCGCGGUCGUGGUGUCGGAAAAUCCGAGCUGAUACGGAGGGUCGACUGGCUUUGUGCUAGAACAAGAGCAAAUGGUGGGAAAGUGGCAGAUUUCCACGGAAUGCCAACUUCAUACGUGGUCGAGCGUGCUCUUGAGGUCCUAGGACCAAAACUCGUAGGCACUGUGGAGGGACUGGCCGAAGAAACAUACUAUGCUGUGGACCGUUUCCAACUGUCCUUCUACAGGAACAUGACGAUCCACCUCUUCAUCUCCGAGGCCUUGAUCGCUGCAGCUCUGUACACCAAGGUAAAGCACGGAGGCGGCAGCGCCACUGAGCGCAUGAAAGAGACAGAGCUUAUCGAAAAGGUCACGUUCCUGUCACAGCUAUUUCGGGGAGAAUUCAUUUUCCCAGCAGGUCAGGGGCUAAGGCAUAACUUGGAAGCGGCCAUGCAAGGUUUGCUGCGAGACAACGUAUUCUCGGUCAGUGAAGACGGCGAGAGGGUGAUUGGGUUGUCCGACACCGAGCGCAAAUCGGGCCGUGAGAAUUUCGACUUCUAUUGCUUCCUGAUCUGGCCGUUCGUGGAUGCAGCAUGGCUUGGUGCGGUUUCAUUGCUGGUACUGGUGCCUCCUUUGGGCUCGUCGAUCACCUGGAUUGAAUCGCAGAAAGCGCAGAACACUGCUCAACUUGGAGGAAGGACACUCUAUCAUCAGGGAGAUUUGUCGUAUUUUGAGGCCGUCAACAAGGAAGCUCUGAAGAACGCUUACAGCCGCUUCCAAGAAGAAGGUAUCAUUCUUGUGGCAAAGGGGAAAGACUCCAAAUCUCCAGCCAUGGUUCGGUUGGCUCCUGAAUGGACACCAGAACGAGCUGCCACGACCGGCGAGCUCAAAGCAUCUGGCCGCCUGUGGGACUUCAUUGAGAGUAUCGCUUUGCACCGCCGAGAAGGCAAGAACCGAAGGGAUGGUGCGACAGUUUCAACUCGAGUAUUAUCGUUGGCUGCUAGACUCAACAAGGAGAUUUUUGAGGACGCGGAAUUGUCUGCGGUCGAAAGCGUACAGCAGACGGUCAAAGAACGCAGAAGGCGAUCCAAGUUAUAAUACUCAAUGUGAUACCCCAGUUUACACUCAUACGGAGUUGCACACUUCAUGCCUACCAUACAGCGAUUGUUCUAUCCAGCAAGUAAUUCAACCCGGAAUCAAAUUCUAGCAUCAACCAUCACACUUGCUGGACACCAAGUAGAUCGCUACAGCCUUCCCCCCGGUUUCACAAGCUGGAGGAAAGCACAGACGAGGUCACUACAAUUCAGCUGUCAAAAGUCAAAACCUGUUGGUCAUGCGCAUCGGCACAAGAUCGGCCGAAAAGGCGACGCUCUG